UUUACAUUCGGUCCCUCACACAACUUUCACAGCCCAAUUCUGCGGCGCCCGUGACUACCAUGGGCCAUGAGCAUCUCUUAUCCCAGAGUAUGGCGUAAUUGAAAGAUCAUCUUUGUCAUCUAGUGGUAUAUCAUCGCACCGAUGGCUCGACCUCUGCUCUCUCAGAAUCUCCAAUGCCAAUCCCAUCUACUGCGCGACAAUAUAUAUUCCCCAAGCUUGGCUCCCUCGAUAAUCUGGUGCUACUCCCUGAUGCACCGGUGCCCAAGCCCAAGCCGACCGAGGUCCUGCUCAAGGCACACGCCGUCUCGCUGCAGUAUCGCGACCUGAUCGUGGCGAAUGGCACCUAUCCUAGCCGCUUGCCUGACAAUCUGAUCCCGUGCUCUGACGUCGCCGGUGAAAUUGUUGCGGUGGGCGAUGCCGUCAAGGAUUGGAAAGUCGGGGAUCGCGUGUGCCCGAACUUCAUGCUGGGGAAACUCUUCGGGGAUGAAACGACCGAAGCCAUAUCUGCGACGGCGCUCGGUGGAGCCGUCGAUGGGACCCUGGUCGAAUAUCGCGCGUAUCCUUCCCAAGCGCUUGUGAAGAUUCCGGAUCACCUGAGCUACGAGGAAGCGUCGACCCUGCCCUGUGCGGGGCUCACGGCGUACAACGCGCUCCUUGACGGGUACGAGCCUUUGAAAGGUGGAGACACGGUCCUCGUUCUGGGAACGGGUGGUGUGUCGAUCUUCGCUCUCCAAUUCGCAAUCGCAUCUGGCGCCACGGUGAUCUGUACGUCCUCUUCAGACGAAAAGCUCAAGAUCGCCAGCAAGCUCGGCGCGCAGCACGUUAUCAACUACAACACGACGCCGGACUGGGACGAAGAGAUCAAACGACUCACCAGCGGGCGUGGUGUCGAUCACAUCAUCGAGGUCGGAGGCAACGGCACACUCAUGAAAUCCAUCAAUGCUUUGCGUAUCGGUGGGGCUAUCAGCAUCAUCGGCUUCGUUGGCGGCCACAACAUCGCGGCGCCCGAUAUCAUUGGCAUUUGCAUCCGCAAGUCGCUAAAGAUCCGCGGCAUUCAGGUUGGAUCAGUACAACAAUUCAAUAACAUGAACAAGCUCAUCGCAGCGAAUCCAGCGGUCACUCGUCCCGUCGUAGACAAAGUGUUCCCGUUCAACGAAGCCAAGGCGGCCUAUCAGUAUCUUGCUUCUCAGGCUCACGUUGGGAAGGUUGUCAUCAGAGUGGAUUGAAACCGCUGCAAGUAUCACAGUAAAUUCGCAGAAACAAAUGUGAUCCAAG